AUGUUGAAUGUUGGAUGUUGGAUGUUGGAUGUUGGAUGUUGGAUGUUGGAUGUUGGAUGUUGGAUGUUGGAUGUUGGAUGUUGGAUGUUGGAUGUUGGAUUUUGGAUGUUGGAUGUUGGAUGUUGGAUGUUGGAUGAGAGAACACAUUCCCAACGGCCAUCGACCCCGCAGAAGCAUUGUCUCGCCGAUCGGGCCGCUGCCUGGCUCGCUCCCUCUGGCAUACGGCGAUCGACAAAACCAUCUCGCUGCGACGCCGUGAACCUUGACACGAAGGCGCAAUGCCGUCUUGGUGGGCCCGCCCACGUGCUUUUCGGUUUAGCUGUGGCGUGCUGCGCACGGGUUCCUGGCAAUCGCAAAAACGGCGCACUGGCAACAAGGGCGCUGCUCAGCCGCACAGUCUGUGUGUGCUGCUGUGCAUGUACUGAUACAAAUGGACCUGGGAUGUUGAAGUUGGAUUUGGGAUGUUGGAGUUGGACUGGGGUUGGAGCGGGUGCAUUGGGACAUUGGUAG